AGGCCUGGAGUUGUGUUUUGGAAAGCCUGUUGAUCCUGCACUCCUGAAAUUGGUUACGGAAGAGGUCGCAGAACUUCGUAUGUCUGUUAAAACCUUGGAAUUUGAAAGUGAAUCACAGGUUAGAGGAAUCUUCUUUCUUGACCUUUAACAAUUACUAGAUAAAGAGAAAGAAAAGGCAUGGGAUAACUGUCGAUAAGCUACACUGUAUCAUUGUUAAAAAAUAAAUGAAUUUAGGUUUAAUUUAUAACCCUUUGGCCGUGCGAUGAUAUAUAUCAUUGUCUAAGCACAACGUUGGCAUUCGCAUAUUAUAUUAAAUGGAAGAUCCGUGACCGAGAAAAUCAUUGUCAUUUCUCUGAUAGCCUACGUACUUCUGUCGCAGUGGUUACGCAAUGAAAUUUGAUCCGUUGCUCUAGUUUAAACAUCCGUUAAACAUGCAUGUGUAUUAAUUCAUGAAGUUGGCAUGUUGCUGCAUAGGAACUAUUUAACAUAGUAAUUAUAUUAAAGCUGAAAGCUCAGGUCAUACUUGCAUGACACUCGAGUUUCCACUGAAUUUUGUAAAACGUAUGUGAAGUUAAAGUCGAAAUCCAAAGUAAGAUUUUAUGGGAUGUCUGGAGUACACAGCAUAUAGUACUGUAUGUGUGUUGUUUAGCUUUUGCCUCCUGAAAGCUAGUUAAUAUUUAAUACUGUUAGAAUACUUCUAUAUCUGCAGAUGAAUACAUUCCUUGAGAAGCUUGGUAACAUACAAUCACACUUUGACAACGAGUUACGUGAGAUGCUUUUCAGAAUUGAAAGAUGUGAAAACCUGGGGGCGGAAAACACGAAGGAAUUAAAACUUCUUGACAAAAAGUUCAACACGGAACUGACGAAAUAUCAUAGCAAGCAAGAAGAUAAGAUUCCUUAUAUUUUUGACGCUCCAGACAGAAACCAAUAUUUCUCCGGGCGAAUUCGAGAACUACAAGAUCUUCAGCGUAAUCUUCUAAAUCUUGACGAUACUGGGCUAGAAAGGAAAGCUUGUGUAGCCGCAGUCUGUGGUUUGGGAGGCGUUGGCAAAACAAGUCUUGUCACUGAGUAUGCUCACAGGAUGAAGAAACAUUACGAAGGCGGCGUUUACUGGUUCUCGGCAGAAGAUGAUACAUUUUUUGAGCAAUCUGUCAAUGACGCUGCAUUGAAACUUGGUGCUUUACUCGGGACUUUCAAUUUAACGUUGACAAAAACCCUCAUAAGAAUUGGCCAAACAAGUAAACCAUAUUUAAUCGUCUUGGAUUGCUUAGAUCAGUUGGAUCUCUCUCCCAAUAUAUUAAAGUUUCUUUCCCUCGUUUCAAGACAAAGUGUCUCAGCAGCUGUUGUUGUGAUGACCAGAAGAAGUGAAUGUAAACUUGUUGACGAGAUUUCAAAUCUUCAUAAAGAUCGUUGUCUUAGUUUGAGAUGUCUAGAAGACGAAGAGACGAAGCAGUUUCUAUUUUACAGGACCGGGUUGACUCGCGAUGACAACACGAACAGUGUCGCCGAAAGUCUAGUUAAUGAGCUGGGAGGAUUGCCACUCGCUCUAGAGCAAGCAGGAGCUUGUAUUAAAGCACUUCGUUGCGACUUAUCUGAGUACCUUGAGCAAUUUCAAACUGAACGCUUGAAACUGUUGGAAAGUCAGAAAGCGAAGCCAGUAUCAGUUUAUGAAAAACCUGAACGCCUGGCGGUUCACACGACAUGGUUAUUAAAUAUCAAACACAUCAAAGAAAGCCUACACGGUAUGUCCGCCAUCCUACUCAUGAACGCUUUUGCAUUCCUUAAUCCAAGCGAGAUCGAAAAGGAAUUGGUCAAUGUUGGUGAAAGUUCAAUUGAAGACAAAUCAUUUCGUGAUUGUAUAAGCUCACCUCUCGGUUGUCGUCAAGUUGUUAAACUACUGACUGAUUUUUCACUUUUCACGUAUGUCCAUGCGCACUCUGUCAGCACGCAUCGCCUAGUUCAGGAGCUAGUCAGGGAAAAUCUUGAUCCUGAGGAGAAAGCUAAGAGUUUUGUUGAUGCAGUACGCUUGCUUUCUUUUGCAUUUUCUAAGUGCACAUCUCCAAAACAUUUACUGGGUAAUGAUGGUAUGGAAGAACGCUUGAAAGCCUAUAAUUCGCCUAGAAACCAUUCUCAAUAUUACUUGUGGUCUAAGCUUUGUUUUCAUGGCUUCCAGCUCCAACGGAAUAUGGAGAAAUUACUCGCAAAUCCUGAUCCGGAAUGUUUAGAUUCGCUUUUCGUUUUCGAAACAGUUAAACUUCUUUAUGAAUGCGUUGUUUACUUAAGUGCCAAUCAGAAACAAGAAGAGGCUAAACGCACACUAAAUUUUGCGUAUCGAAUGCUUGAUUGGAUUCCUGAACAAGAGUAUGACACAAUACAAAAAAGUCUUUCGAGUAACUCUUUCUUUCCUUCCCAUGUUAUUCCUUUACCAAAGUGGCUUCAAAUUGUGAUAAAAAAAUGUUGUGUACCUCCUAUGAGUUCCCUUGAGCCUCUUGAUCAAAAGCCUACUGAGUCGCCUGACUUAGAGCAGGACAUUGAUAAGCUUAGAUCGGAGGGGAAUAGGAACUUUAACAAUGGUCUCUACAAAGAAGCACUGGAUGCUUAUUCUGCUGCCAUAGAUAUGAGUAGAGGUACAACUGUCUUCAACGCUUUAUUGCUGACUAACCGUGCUUCUGCUUAUAUCAAGCUUCACCAGCUUGAUGACGCUUUGCGAGAUGCAAAUGAAUAUAUAUCUCGAUUCCCAGAUUGUUGGAAGGGUUACGCUAGAAAGGCAUUGGCACUUGAUGAGAAAGUCUGUGCUGAAAUUGCUGCAGCACUAGCUUCCUAUUAUUUUUCCAUAAAAAAUAGUAAAUGUAUUUUUUCAGAAUACAAACCAUUCCAAGGAGCGUUCCCAGGCUUAAAGCAGCGUAUUUCCAUAUGUCAUACUGUAGAUCAGUUAUUGGCAGCAUUGGACUCGUACACUGCACAUGACUGUCUGCGGGUUAUAAUUCUGGGAUCAAAGGAGUAUAUUAUUAACUUGAAUAUGUCUGUGCUAUCAUUAAAUCCUCGCGAAGCAAACAUAGGAGUAGCUAUUUCUGUGAGAGACUGCAUCAUGCUUGGUUCGAGAGCGAAUGCCUCUGUUUAUUUAAAGCUCGAAGGUAACACAGGCAUGCAGUUGUUAGGAAAAUGUAUGCUUCAAAAUCUUUCUUUUGCUGUUGAUAAAGGUCAAAUCAUAGGGCGUGAUGUUUCUUUUGUUAAGAUGCUUAGCUGCAAUUUUACUUCCAAUAAUACUGUUUCGGCAGCUGUUGGGUCUAUUGGUAAGUUUAAUGCAGAACGAUGUAACUUUACUAACUGCAAAGCCGGUGGGCUGCUGUGCGUGGGACCUGGUAAUAUGGUUGUUGAUAACUGCACAUUUGCUGGUAAUAUGAAAGCUGGCCUAGAAGUGCGCGAAAAUGGCAAACUGAAAGUAAGGAACAGUCGCAUGUAUAACAACAGUACGGAUGGUUUGGUAAUAGGACCCAAGGCUGCAAAAUGUGACGCUUUUGAUUGUCAAAUUUAUCACAAUGCUCGUGAAGGAAUUACAGUCCAGGAUUCCUUAAAGUGCGUCGCUCUCAUGCGAAACCAUGUUUUUGGAAAUGAUUCGGGUGGUAUAUUCGUGAAGAACUCAGACGUUGACAUGAGAGAGAAUAAGUUCUUUGACAACGAAGGUUGGGGUAUUUGGUCGCAGACUAAUUCUUGGUGUAAUGUAUCGAUGAAUGAAGUCUUCCGUAACAAAUGUGGAGGAAUUCGUGUUGGGAAACGGAAAAAGUUCCCUCCCUCAGUAGUUGAAUUGAACACAGUUCAUGAUAAUUUUGGUCCUGCAAUUGUGGAUACCAUUAACAACUUCGAAGAUGAACGCGUUUCUGGGACUGAUACACACGUAUCGGGAACGAAUGGUGAUUAUAUAUCGGCAAAAUAUGAUGGGAAUGUCGAGUACAAUAACGAAGAAAGAGUUAUCAGCAACCAAUCGAAAUUUUCUUCGUCUUGGUGUUCUGGAUGCAAGAGAAAAUGUGAGGAUUUGAAAAAGUGUGGGAAGUGCUUCACUGCUGGAUAUUGCAACAAGGAUUGUGAAAAAGAACACUGCUCAAAACACAAGAACUUGUGCAAGGUUUUACGCGAGAAAUCAAGCUUCUUGAUCACUUCCAUGACGAGGCGUGGGUCUGACGGCCAAAUAAAUACUCACGCGAGAGGUCUUGAUGAUGUUGGUCCAGACUACAGCGAUCCUCCGCCAAGAAAUGGUAAAAAAUUCGUUGCUAAAGUGCAAACGUAUUUUGAACGUCGCCUAUAUCAGCCGCACAGCCUUAUUAUUUACGAUCGCAGCUUAGAUGUUGACGAAGUAUUUCAAGAUGAAUUUAUUGAGCAUCUUGUGAAGGACUUUGGCGUACUUUGUGAGAGAAGAUAUCAAGAGAAAAAGCUUUUUCUACACUGUAUGUUUGAAAAGAACGGAAAGCUACGAUUGUUCAUCAAUGAUUUCGCUGACUUUCAGAAAUGGUGA